AUAAAUGUGGUCCCUCAGCUCUGGGCCUGUCUUCCUGAGGGUGGAGCUCAGUCAGAGGCUGUGCUCCUUCCUGCUGCUCACACCCUGGGCCGCACAGCCAAGGAGAACAGGGGCCGGUCCGCCCCUUGCUUACUGCAGCCACAGCGGGAGUACGCAGCGUCUGCGUUUCCCAGGAGAGGAGUGUUCCUGUGCCAGGUCUUCAGAGAGCACUUCACGAGAUUCAGCAUUUUCUGGUCUUUCACUGGAAACAUUUGGAUCUGACCUGUGACACCAGAGAUUUCUUUUCUCUCCUGAGCUGCACCUCUCCUGAAACCAGCCAUGAACCAGUCCUCCUCCUCCAGAUCACCUGCCCCAAAUGCUCAUGAUUUGGCCUUCAAGUUUGAAAAGUUUUUUAAGGCAUUCAAGUUAGAAAGUAAAAUCCUCUCUCAGGAAACAAUCAAUUUGAUUCAUUCAUGCCUGGUGAUUGGGAACCUUCAGACAGCAGUUUGUAUCAUCACUGAGGCACUGAGAGAGAUCGAGAAUGCUCCACUGAGCAUUGCUGUGACUGGGGAGACUGGGUCAGGGAAGUCCAGUUUCAUCAAUGCCCUGAGGGGUAUUGGGCAUGAGGGAGAAGGUGCAGCCCCCACUGGGGUGGUGGAGACCACCAUGGAGAGAAUUCCAUACAAACACCCAAAGUUUCCAAAUGUGACACUCUGGGACCUGCCUGGCAUUGGUUCCACUACAUUUACACCAGAGAUAUAUCUGAAGAAACUGAACUUUGGUGAGUAUGACUUCUUUAUUAUUACCUCUGAUACACGCUUCAGGGAAAAUGAUGCACAGCUGGCCAAAGCAAUUGGAAAAACGGGGAAGAAUUUCUACUUUGUUCGAACAAAAGUGGACAGCGAUAUACUUAAUGAACGAAGAAGUAAACCUCAGACCUUCGACCAGGAGAGAAUCCUACAAAUGAUUCGCAAGAGCUGUCAGGGAAAACUACAGGAGGUCAUGAGUCACCCUCGGGUCUUCUUGGUCUCCAACAUUGAUGUGUCUGACUAUGAUUUCCCAAACCUGGAGAUGACACUUCUGAGGGAGCUCCCAGCACAGAAGCGCCACAUCUUCAUGCUCUCCCUGCCCAGUGUCACUGAGGCUGCCAUUGACCUGAAGAGGGACUCCCUGAAGCAGAAGGUGUGGCUGGAGGCACUGAAGUCUGGAUUACUGGCCACCAUCCCUUUUGUGGGUGUGAUCAGUGAUCUGGAGAAGCUGGAGGAGACCUUAACCCUGUACCGGUCUUACUUUGGCCUGGAUGAUGCAUCCCUGGAAACCAUGGCCAAUGAUUUGCAUGUGUCAGUGGAGAAACUCAAGUCACACAUUCAGUCUCCACAUUUGCUGUCUGUUGAGAAGGAAAAAGAUUCUCUAAUGAAAAAACUGUUGAAAUGUAUUAAAAUGGUUUUGUCAGCCAUGGGGGGGCCCCUUGCCACUGGACUGUACUUUACAAAGACCUUCUAUUUGCAAAAUUACUUUCUUGAUACUGUGGUUAGUGAUGCUAAAGCUCUCCUUAAAAAAGAAGAGCUUUUCACAGAAAAUACCAGUCUUUCCUAGUUCUACACCUAGGCCUGGUGCUCCUGUGCCAACUCAGGCCUCCUGAGCUUUCCAUGCUCCCAGCCCUGGAUUAACCUCUUCCUUUAGUACCUUUCCUGAUAAAAUGUUGGAUUAACUGUAAAGGCUUGCUCAAAAUCUCCCUAUGGAAAUAAAGGAAGGGAGUCUGGCAUUCUAUACUGAGAAAUGAGACCAUCUCAGUGGCCCAGCUACUUUGUGUCCAGGGCUAGACUUACUAACAUUAUAUUAAUGGCAAAUUGUUUAUCUCAAUGCCUGGCACCCAGUAGGUGCUCUAUAAAUGUUUGAUGAAUGGUCCUAUCCCAUGCUUAGUAGUCAUUCCCGACGUGCCCCUCUGAUGGAUCCUCUGUCUCCAUCCAGAGCCAAUUGUCUUGUCUGACAAGCCUCUGCAAUGUAACAAUAAAGAACACAGUAGUAUAAGCCCUGA